GUGAAAAGGGAAGUACAGAAGUUAUUAUAAGCACAUUUAAAACACAAAAUGGCCGCAUACACAAAGAUGAAAAUAUUCUACAUUUCAGUCGGGUUUUGUCUCAUUUUAGGUGUUGAAUGUGACCACAAUUGGUUAAACCAUAUAUACACUGUUCAGACUGGAGGAUCUGUCACCAUCCCAUGUUAUUAUGAUGAGAAAACCCCACCGCAGAAGAAAUACUGGCACUCAGCAAUUGAUUAUACAUCCAGAAACACAACAGAGGAGAAUCUGUCAGUCGCUGAUCAUCCUGAUCAGAGUGUCUUUACUGUGACUAUGAGAAACCUGCAGAACAAAGACACUGGACAUUAUGGUUGUGUUGUGGACAUUCAAGAACAACUAACUGUCACAUAUGGACUUUAUAUCAAGGUUCAGUCUGCUCCUGAUGUGUCUGUGGUGAGCAGCAGUGUAUCUGGACAUGAAGGUGGUGAUAUCAGUGUUCAGUGUCUCUACAGUUCUGAAUAUAAGAAUGAAGUCAAACGGUGGUGCAGAUAUAAAGAUCAGAGCUGUUACACAGUGGGGAGGACUGACACAUCCCAGAAUUCAUCAGUCCAGAUCAGUGAUGAUGGGAGAAGAUCCUUCACUGUGCUGAUGACUGGACUGAGACUGACCGAUUCUGGCUGGUACUUCUGCUCUGCUGGAAACAAACUGAAUCCUGUUCAUCUCACAGUCACAUGGCACAUGGAGCAUUUCUGUCUGUCACAGAACUAGAGGAUUUUUC